CACGUAAAUUUGUGUUUAUUUUUGGUUGACGUUGUCUCAGUAUACUGGUGAAAACUUUCCCCUUAUGACGAAACAAACUGUGAGUCUCUAAGUGUUAUGUGUGAGGAAAUAUGAGGUUGAACGUGGUUUACGGGUAUACCAGAGGCACUCCGUAACUUCCCUAUCUGUUUGAAAAUAUAUAUAGUGAGGAAACGAAGAGAACAUUGCAUAAAUUUUGGAUAGAAAAAGAAAAGAAAAAGGAAAGAGAAAGAAGAAAACAGAAGACCCAGACAGUAAGAAGCGACGCGUCAGGGAGUGCUGUUCCAAAGGCAAAUACUCCACACCAACUCGACUCAGCUCCUUCCCACUCUCAGCGCCGGCGGCACAGCAGGAGUAGUGGUAACAGUUCAUCCCGAAGGAGUGGAUCGUUACAACAACCCCUUCACCGCCCCCUUCAGGAGUUUGUUUCACACUCCUUAGCGGCGGAUCACAGCUCCCGACUUAAUCCAGAAUGAAAGAUAAGCGUGCAGUUUGAGGAACCCUGACGCCAUUUUUUACCUUCCCCCCACCACCACGACUUCUGCCGCACUCCCCGCCAUUACCACCACCACCAUCGCCUCCCCCACCGCUACCACCACCACCACCACGGGCCCCAGAAGUGAUGGUCAUGGACGUUGCUAAGACUCACAACUCGACGCCUCCUCCAGGCGGGGGCUGGGUGGACGCAGCGGAGGACGAGGGCAGCGGGUCGAGGCGGGUCGACGGGGCUGGGACAUGCAAGAGUCACAGCAGGAAGAGGACGACAACGACCUCAGAGGACCUGGUGCCUCCUGACGGCGGCUGGGGCUGGAUCAUCGUGCUGGGGAACUGCAUCAACUCGGCCGUGCUCAACAGUGUGGUGCCGUGCUAUGGCGUGAUGUACCUGCCGCUGGUGGCUCUAGGUUACUCCAACACCCAGGUGGCCUCCAUCCCAUCCAUCUUCGUCGGUUUCACAAACAUCCUCGGGCCAGUCGCCACGGGCCUCUCCCAUUACUACAGUGCCCGUUCCAUCACAUUGACUGGGAUCAGCAUCACCGUCCUUGGCAUCCUUCUUUGUUCCUUUUAUAAGAAUAUUAUCUGGUUUUACUUGUGCUUUGGUGUGAUAGCAGGAAUUGGCAAUGCACUAGCAUCUCCUCAGGGCUUCCUCCUUGGACAGAAGUAUUUCUGCCACAAGAGAGCAACAGCCAAUGGCCUCUCAACAGUGGGGGCAUCAUUGGGAGGCAUGGUGUUCCCUCCUCUGGUGAACUACAUGGUGGAGACAUAUUCAGUGGAUGGGGCCUUCAUGCUGUGGGCUGGCCUGUUGCUUCAUGGCCUCAUCGGUGGCUCACUCUUCCACCCAGUGUCGUGGCAUCUCAUGCCCAAGCGAACUGCCUCCCUUGACACAGCUGGGAUACAGCAGAAUGGUGGCCAGCCUAAGAGUGAUAUCCCUGGUAAUAAGAUUGUCGUGGCGGGCAAAGAUGAAGAGCGAAAAGAAUAUAACGUAUUUGAGGAUGAAAGUGCUGUGAAAAGCCUCACGCCUGACAAUGAUAGUGAUGACAGUGACCAUGAGGAGCUGAUAAUGACUCAAGAUGUGUUGCUAGAUCCUCAGAGCCAGAAAAAGGACAUUUGUGCCAACAACUGCAGUGAGAGACAAUGGAAAAAUCCCCUCACUGAUGUGCUGCAGACCAAUGAGUACCUGGAGCGGCCGCGGACAGUGAGCAUCGAGAGGAGCAUGGAAAUCCUGCCCCAGAUCCCUGAGGAGAGUGAGGACGAGGACUGCUUUGAAACCUAUGAUCCUGAGAGUGGCAAUGAGCGCAUUGAGUUCCUCAACCGUGAGAAUGAGAUGAGGAACAGACCCAUCAGCUAUAUCAGUACAAAGAGUGUCGAUUCCAUUGCUAAAAUUCCCUCGGUGGAGAGCAUCUUUGACUCGUGUGAUGUGUUGGAUCAGUUUGGCAGUGCCUUAUCAUUCAAAGUGGAGAAGCUCAAGGACAGUGCUAAAGUUUCUGCCAUGGAAAAGAGAAAAAAUAGAUCAAAUAGUGUAGGGCAGCAUCCUCUAAGACCAUACAUCCUCUGUGGCCUUAAGAUGCCCAGGCUGCAGUAUCUCAUUAAUUUCAGCAUUUUGAGGCACCCAAUAUUUGUCAUUGCAGCCUUCAGCAGUAUUUGCAACAGGCUGGUGUAUGUAUCUGUGCUGACAUACUUGCCCUCUUAUGGGAAUGAGAUGGGUGUGGGCAGGAGGUCAGCCUACCUGCUCACCAUUGUUGCCACCUUUGAGCUGCUGGGGAAGGUGAUCAUGUCUGUUGUGUCUGACCAGGGGUGGGUCCAACGCCGCUACAUUCACAUCCUGUCCAGCAUCAGUGCUGGCCUGUCUGUGUUAUUGUUGACGCUUGCCUGGGACAUUGUGACGCUGGGCUUGUGCUGCGGUCUGUACGGCUUCUGUGUGGGCACCUGCAUUUCCAUUGGGCCCGUCUUGCUGGUGGAGUACCUUGGCCUCAAGCUGCUCCCUCACAGCUUUGGCCUGAUGCUCUUCAUGAAUGGCAUCAGUGGGUUUGCAGUGCUACCUUUUACAGGUUGGUUGAAUGACGUCACUGGUAAUUUCACAUCAACUUUUUACGUGAUUGGAUGUCUAAAUUUGUUGCCAGGCUUCCUGUGGAGUCUUGUUCCCUGCUUCCCUAAGGCUGCAGGGGAAUCCUCCAAGGCUGACAAUGUAUAGAAACAAAGAUAAGCACUGGAAGCUUUUGUUUCUCAGAGUUGCACUCAGUAGCUUAAAAAGCAAGUUUCAAAGGUAAUAAAGAACAUUAACACUAUCUUGUGUUGUACAUGUGAUAAGAAACUUGGUCAGUAUUGCACGCUCUAUUUGCACCAUAAGAACAAUACUUGCUGUAUUCAUUCAAAGCUUGUACCUGCAGCCUGCAUCAGUUUGACCCAAGAAAACAGCAUGCAUGACGGACCCACACACGUGCUGCUGGCUGCUGAGCAAGGAGGUUUGACCUCUUUGUUCCUGAGCCAGUGAUGUUAUAUUCAUUGCAGCCAGGGGCAUGCAGGGAUGCAUGUUAUGUGUGUUGUCUUCUUGGAUUAUCUGAUAAUACUUGCCUAAUUUAUUGUUUUACUUAUUAGUAAUAACUUCUCCACAUUAGGAUGUUGUUACAUAUUAGUAAUUCAUCAUAUUUUAUCUUUCUUUAUAUCUUUGCAACACCAAGGGAUGAAAAUUAAGGUCCUUAUUAUUCUUGAACUCUGUAAAUUUCAGCAGCUGCCUUGCUGUAAGACUGUGUGGGCUUCAGGUGGAUUGUUUGGAUGAAUGAAGUGUCAAUUAGAUACCUACAUUGGGAAAACCCCAAUUUGAAAUUUAGCCCAGGUGGAUGAUGGAACACUGGUGCAUAAAGGGUUUUAGGUUGUUUAGAUCACACUUUAAGUCUUUAUACAAAAAGAAUCAUCCAAAGAUCAAUACUUUAACGAAGGAUACAAUUAUGAAAAUGAGUUUUGAGUAGGUCAGUGAAUCCUCUGCACAUUGAAAGCCUUUCCUCCUCAGCUUUACAAAUAUUUAAUGGUUGACAGUGGAAUGUAAGUGGUUCAUUCUGUUGGUGUGAGAUUGAUAGGCAGGGAAUGUGGUUGACAAGAGAAGUUGGUAUAAGACCUUAUAAUGAGGCCAGGCUUGUUCCUCUAGUCAACACUGAACCUAUUGGCAUACACAGAAAAUCUCAGGCUAAAAGCAAUUUACCAUAUCAGAUUUAAGCAUACCAUUAAUGAACAUAAUUGACCAUAUUAUGUCUGAUAUUUUUUUACUGUUAGUGUGGUAUGUGGUAUUGGUGAAAGCCUCACCCUGGCUGGUGAGCAGACAUAGUGUUACUGUAGGGUGAGUGUCAAGGGAUAAACACACUUACAUUUAAAUUACUUUAUUGCAUAUUUAAAAAAGAAGUUGUUUGAUGACUUAACAUGUAACAAUUAACAAUGGUUUUGUGGCCUUUUUUUUUUAUACCAAAGAAGUUUGUAAUAUAAACAUAUCAAAAUGUGUAUUACAAAGGGUGCUUAAGUAUUCAUAAUUUUUUUAUGUUCUGUGUAACAUAACUGUAUAAUUUUUCAUAAAGAUUGUAUAGAA